AUGUCGCUCUGCUUCUCACGACACCUGCGAGGGGGCAUUCCCUCCCCCCGCAUAGCACACUUGGCUGGCGCAAUUCCUCCGGCGUUAUCUCCCCUCGACGCAUUCGCCGCUCAAGGUCGAUUCCUUGCCAAACAACUCGAUGAAUCGCAACGAGGAGAGCGGCGCAUGAGUCGCCUGCCCCCGUCCAGUGUCGCACGGUCGCUUUCACGCCCGCGCCCAGGUUAUUACCGUUCGACUCAAAGCGACUCGAGAACAGAAACUUUGACCCGGCGACCGACCCAGAAAGGUCUCCCUGAGGUGGAAGAGCCAAAGUACCGGCCCGUAUCAGAACACCCCCGCUUCAGUUCCAUCUCCCAAGCCACCAGCGUUGCCGAUAGUCAAGAUGGGGAUACCACGCCGCGCACUACAAUGAUUAGCGAGAACCCGAGCGAGCUUGGAAUCCCACGGUCUGAAUCGCCUUAUGAGGAUGCGUCGCUAGCGGACGAGGAGGGAGACUCGGUAGGCGUUGCUCUCUCCGAUCGACAGUCGUCCACCGACUCGACCACCCGUCUCCAUAUCCCAAGGACUCUGGCACCGCCUGCCUCGCCGCAUUCGCGGCCAUCAAGCAGCGCCCGAGCCGCGCACCAGGAGAGUUCGGACGAUGACAACAGCAGCUCGAAUGGUGGUUCAACAUUCUCCAAACCUCGUAAACUUUCGUCAGGAAGUACUGUCUCAAUACCUUACUCACCUCUGUCUACAUUCCCGGCCCGCCCUCAUCCACGUUCACCAUCAAUGAGCUCUGAAACGUCUGGCGUCAGCUACCUCGGCCGCCCAUCAUUCAAUUUUUCCCGUCCUCUUAGUCGAUCGAGCACUAAUCUCUCCGUAUCGGGAGUCGAGGCGUCUCUGCCGCCGCCUACGACCCAACUGCACCAACAACCUAGCGACAUGAAUCGACCGACUAAACCCAGCCCGAUUCUCGUUCCGUUGGCUACGGCAGAAGCUGCUCAGACGCAGCCAGCUGAGGGAGAGCCUUCUUCGGCUGUCUCUUCUUAUACUUACGCCAGUUACGCGCUGCCUCGCGGGCGCGAGCUUGCCCGGGAUUCAGUUAUAUUUGCAGGCUUGCAAACUCCUGAUUUUGAGUGGAAAGGACCUAUAUUCGACAAAACGCCCCCCCGUCAUUCAGACGAUAUCCCGCGCUCGGCUCAUACGCCUCCACCUACCUCACAGCGCACCAGCAAUGCCUGUGUCCCCCAAGCCCGCCCCGGCAGCUACUCUGCCCACCCCGAAAGAGCUCCGCGAUCUUCUGCCGAAUCCACUCAGCCGCUUUCAAAUGACAAGGAAGAAACUGCGUCCUCAGCAGACUCCGCUAGCACAUUGCGCCCCAAGACCGCCACCACUCAGGUGCCUUCGAAUAAUCUCUCGGAUGAUGACCAUGUUGCUAAGGCGAUUGAAUUGCACGAGAAGGGUUCUUUGAACGAAUCAACGUACCACCUGCGCAUUGCCGCGAAGCAGAACAAUCCGACGGGUAUGUUGCUUUAUGCGCUGGCUUGUCGCCAUGGCUGGGGAAUGCGCCCGAACCAACAAGAGGGUGUCAAAUGGCUACGCAAGGCUGUGGAUUUAGUCGGAUUGGAGAUGCUCGAAAACCCUGAUGCGCCUGGCGCAUCCAAGGCCAAGGAAAUCCAGAAGGCCUACAGAGCCCAAUUUGCGCUGAGCAUCUACGAAAUGGGCGUCAGCUAUUUGAAUGGCUGGGGUAUCGAGCAGAACAAGGCUCUUGCCCUACGAUGCUUCGAAAUCGCAGGUCAGUGGGGUGAUGCGGAUGCCAUGGCCGAAGCCGGAUUCUGUUACGCCGAGGGUGUUGGAUGCAAGAAGGAUAUGCACAAGGCGGCUAGAUUCUAUCGCAAUGCUGAAUCCAAUGGUAUGAGCAUUGUCGGCAACAGCUGGAUCUACAAGGAGAAGUACAUGGAAAAGGAAAAAGAGAACAAGUCUCGUUCUCGUGGCCGAACGCACGACAACAAAAACAACAACGAUACGCGCAGCAAGUCGCGCACUCGCAGCAUAUUUCAGCGGAAGAAGUCUGGCGCCGAGUAG